AUGAUUGUGACUGAGAUACGUUUAUUAAUUUUUGUCUUUAUUAUUGUCCUAUUAAUAAUACCAACAAUUAUUGUCGACGCUGCUGCUGGUCGAUGUUAUUUAUGUUCAGAAAAUAUACUUGCUGAAUGUGUUGGUGGUGUUCAAUCUGAUUUACCUCUUCAUACAGCUAUUCUUCAAUUUUAUACGGAACCAUGUAAUGGUCAAUGUGUUUUAUUUCGAAGUGAAGAUAAAUUCACAAGACGUGGAUGUUCAUGGACAUAUGGUCAUAUGACACCGAUGUCAACUGGAUGGCAUGAAUUAACUCCCGGUAUACAAGCGUAUUUUUGUGAUAGUUUUCUAUGUAAUAAUGGUACUUAUGAACAACCAGAAGCAUCAAUGAUACGUAAAGGAAUAAUAAAGAAUGAAUUGAAACGACCUCCUAAACAAACACUUACUCCUCAACAAUUAUUCAUCCUAGCAGGAAAUACUCCUAUAGUGAUGCAUACUGGUGAGUUUUAUACAUUAGUUCGUAUAGGUUUUUGA